UUCUUUUAUUUAUUUUACUAUAAAAAGAUUGAAGGACCAAAAAUAAAUUAAAAAAUUAGUACCAAAGUGAAUAUUUAUUUUUGAGAUUGGUAGCAAGCUUGGUGCACUUCUAUAAGCAGAAAGAAGUACGAAGAUUCAACUAUUCCCUUGCACGGCUGUUCAAAGUUUGAAUUUUUUUUUUUUCUGCCUUAUAUAUAUAGCCGUUUUUAUCUUACUGGAAUUAUAUAUCUGUGGAAAAAAAAUUCAGUUUUUCUACAACUGUGUGCAUGUGCUACAGAUCGAGUCAAAUACCAUAAGGGAAACAAUCAAUUCAGAAAGAUACGAUUUUGCUUGGUCUUACCCUUGAGCUACCCAUUGAUUUUGUCAGAGUUUAUAGGAGAAAAGGGAGAUUUAUAAUUUACAAAAAUAACAUCUGUUUUCUUGUUUUAAUUUUUGAGUAUUUUGAGGUUGGUACAUCCGUACAUGUGCUUGUUAAAGGUGGCGAAUCCAAGAAAACCCAGUGACGAAUAUGUCAGAUUUACAGAUACAGGUGAUACCACCACAACCACCACCGCCGUUAUAGAGGGUGGUGCUCAGCCUUGUGGGGAAUCUCAAUAUUUCUACGAAAUAAUUCAACAGCAAAUACAACAGGAGGAAGCUGAUAAUUAUUUGCCGAUGUUUAGAGGGUACAGUCCGGCGGCGAGAGAGAUGUCAGCGAUGGUGACAGCACUGACAGAUGUGGUAUCGGGUCAGAAUUACAGACCCGAUAUGAGUGGUGCUAUUACGUCGUCGUUUGGUGGUGGUUCAUCUGGGAUUUAUUAUUCAGCAAAUUCGCCGUCUUCAGCAUAUUCUUCAUCUAGUUCAGGGUCUAGAAAGAGAAGCCGUGAUCAAGAAGAAAGUGAACAAAGUCAUCAUGGGGUUUAUGGAGGGUUUGGAGAAUUUAGAGGUGGCAUGCCAAGUUCCUCUGUUAAAGCUGAAGCUACAAGUAUGGUGGCACCAUCAAACACCACAAUUUCCACUGUAACAACGGUUCCAUCUUUCACAACAACAACCACGACCACAACGACCACAACAGCAGCAGCACCGGCCGCUUCAAGCGAAGAGACCGGAGAGAGGAGGAGGAGAUACAGAGGAGUAAGACAAAGACCAUGGGGAAAAUGGGCAGCCGAAAUAAGAGAUCCUCAUAAAGCAGCAAGAGUUUGGUUAGGCACAUUUGAUACAGCAGAAGGAGCAGCAAGAGCAUAUGAUGAAGCUGCUUUAAGAUUUAGAGGCAAUAGAGCUAAACUAAACUUCCCUGAAAAUGUCAGAUUAUUACAACAACAACAACAACCACAAAUUCAAACUACUACUUCAACUCAACCUACUACAACAAGAUUUGCUAUUUCUAGUUCCUCAUCAACUACAUCACCUCAAUUUCCACCACAAUAUAUGGCUCCAAUAUAUCAACAGUAUCAGCCUAUGCAGAGUUCAGAUAUGACAAGAGAUUAUUGGGAAUAUUCACAGUUACUACAAAAUCCUGGUGAUUUUUCUGAUCAACAGCCUUCAAACUUGUUAGAGCAAAUGUUUUUGGCUUCAUCAAUGGCUGUGUUGCAUUCAAACACAUAUCCUUCUUCAUCAUCAUCAUUAGCUACUACCACUUCAUAUCCCCUGCUAUUUUCUAAUUAUAAUUACAGGCCGCAAACUAAUCAAAUUCAAGGAAGCAACAACAGUAGCAGCAAUAGCAUCAGCUCCAGUUUUUCUGCACCAUUUUGGAGUAGUACGUCAAGCCAAUAUCCACCAUCUUCUAGCUAAAUUCUCAACGUUUUUUGGGUAGUUUUUUCAUAUAAAAAUUUCUCUGUAUUUAAUCUUUAUGAUUUUAAUCGUUAUGUAUUUGAGAGAUAGAGAUAGUUAGCAUAUUUUUUUUUUCCAUUUUUUCCUUUUUUCUUUUGAAUAUUGGCUUAUAGUUUUAUUGUACUAUAUGUACUUCAUACUUAGGGAGAGAGAUUAGAGGUAGGCAGGGGUAUAUCUAUUAUUAUGACAUUGUUAUAGUGGUCAUUAUUUUUGAAAAGUAAGAGGUUUAUACUACCUUUGCCAUA